AUUGGCGUCAUGUUCAGUAUAAUAUUAACACUCCUCGGAUUAGUCGGGUUACAUUACGUAAAAUGCACUCAAUGCGCAUGUGCAACUACUAACGUGCAUGUAAGGGACGGACCUGGUUUAUCACAUACCAUACUGACUAUCCUAUUUACAGAUCAAUGUCUGUCCUAUAAAGGUCACAGACAAACCGUGAAUGAAACAUCGUGGGUUAAUGUAGACUACCAUGGCCACAAUGGAUGGAUUCAUGAAGGAUUCGUAACACUUUCUCCGUGUGUUUCGUCAAAUGUCACAAAUAAACAACUGCAACUUCCGGGCUGCCCUAAAAUCAUAACUCGGACAGAAUGGGGAGCACGUGACCCCAUCUCCACAUACCGGAAACUCCAUCACCCAGUGAAAUAUAUGUUUAUACACCACGGUGCUUCCGACUUUUGUUUUACCCGGACUGAUUGUAUCCAGAUGAUGAAAAACUACCAAACCUAUCAGAUUGACUUUCUUGGUUUCACAGAUAUUGGAUAUAGUUUUGUUGUUGGUGAGGACGGCAACGUUUAUGAGGCCCGAGGUUGGGACGCUGUUGGUGCACACACGUAUGGUUAUAAUGAUGUUGGACUUGCUAUUUGUGUCAUCGGUGACUUCACUAACAGAGUGCCAAACGACGCUGCCGUAAACGCUGUUAAACAAAUGAUUGCGUGUGGUCUCUCCAAUGGUAAACUGUCCAACACUUACCUUUUGAGAGGUGCUAGAGACGUAGAAACAACUGCAAGUCCUGGUGAAAAACUGUAUGACCUUAUCAAAACAUGGCCACACUAUUAAAGCCAAAAUGAAGCUUUGGCUUGUUUUAAGAAAAGAAAGAAGAAACAACACUGACACGAAACAUCGGCUUUAGUUGUGAUAUACAACAUAUUUCAUUUACCUCUGUAGCAUUUGUACUAAGUUUCUCGUUUAGAUUUCCUGUUUGAUAUACCCUGGUAUGGUCAACAUUGUUUUGAGACAAUUACA